CAGUGUGGGGCCUCACAAAGCUUAAUCUGCAAAUAAUGGCCGUUUUUAAGGGCCCUAAAGCUGAUGCUUGCUGGGUUUUGGAGCCUCAUUUGUAUGCGCGGAUCAAUUUGACGGGCGGGUUCGGGAGCUAAGCCGGAUGGAUUUCAGCUGCUGAGCUCCUCCCGGCUCUUCUGGUCUGUCCCCCUUUGCAUUGCCAACGCAUCAGGGACGUCGAUCAGGAGCAGGAGCGGCGAAUCUGGAGCCCAGUGGACCUGCAUUGCCGCGGGGGCGCCGCGCGUAGCCAGAUCUCCCCCUGCCGCGGCACCGGCACGGCAUGGUGGCUGCCGCGGCAGCGGCCACCGCGCCAGAUCCGGCCCACCCCGCGCGCCCGCCGCUCACUCCGGCGCUCGACAAGCCCAACUCCGCCGCUGCGCGAAGGCCCGCGCGCUCCAUCAAGCCCGUCUCCUCGAGGUACCUGUCCGCCGCGGCCGCCGCGUCCCCGGCCUCCUCCACUUCGUCCUCGACUUCCUCGUCGUCGUCUCUCCGCUCCCUGUCCGCGCAGCGCGCCCGCGCCUCCACCCCGCCACCGCAGCACUCCACAUCGCCAACCACCACCGCGGCGGCUUCGGCGGCGACCGCCACCGCGACCACGAUGCGGAGCCUCUCGGUGUCGUUCCAGGGGGAGUCCUUUUUCUUCAAGACGUCGCGCGCACCGCGGGCCUCCUCGCCGUCAUCCCCGGCCGCGCGGCGCGGGCCCACGCCGGAGCGCCGGAAGAGCGUGUCCUCCGUGCCGGAGGCCGAUAGCGCGCGGCCGCAGCACCGAUGGCCCGCCGUGAAGCCCAAGGCGUCGGACCCGCUCGCCCGCAGCCUCGACUGCAGCCUCGACCGCAAGGACUCCAUCCUGGCUGCCGUCCACCUGCUCCGCCGCUCCAUGGCCUUCGACUCCACCACCUCCCUCUCCCCGUCCGACCCGGCAGCUGCAGCCGCGCCCGACCUCUCCGCGUCCUCCGACACAGACAGCGUCUCGUCUGGUAGCAACUCGGGCGCUGGUGACCCCCCGCGCCGCGGCAUCAGCGUGCCGGCGAGGUUCUGGCAGGAAACCAACAGCCGCCUGCGCCGGCUUCCGGAGCCCGGGCUGCCACUACCGUCGUCUGCCCGGAGGUCGUUCUCAGACAGUCCAAUGUCGCCGAGGCUGCCGGGCCGGUCCCCAUCCCCAUGCCGGGGAAGCAGGGGCACUGCGAGCCCAUCAAGAGGCCGUGGUGGGGAGGCAUCGCCAAAUGGGCAUACGGUGCAGGCGCCAGCAAACGCGCCAUCUAUCAUCAGCUUUGCGGCAGAGGUGAGAAGGGCGAAGAAAGGGGAGAACAGAAUCGAGGAGGCACACAGGUUGCGGCUGCUGGACAACCGGCAUUUGCAGUGGCGGUGCAUUAAUGCUCGGACAGAUGCGGCGCUUCUGGUGCAGAGCUUCACUGCCGAGAAAACCCUGCACAGUGCAUGGAAAGAAAUAUCGAGAUUGCGUGAUAAUGUCAUUUCCAAAAGGUGCAGACUCCAGCUCCAAAAACAAAAACUCAAGCUGUUUGCUAUUCUUAAGGGACAAAUGUCAUAUCUAGAGGACUGGUCUCAUAUUGAAAAACAUCAUUCAAGUUCUAUGUCAGCAGCAAUCAAAGCACUGAAGGCUAGUACUCUUCGCCUUCCGGUUGUUGAUGGUGCAAAGGCUGAUGUGCAAGGUGUGAAGGAAGCUGUUAACUCAGCGGUGGACAUGAUGCACACAAUGACAUCCUCGACAUGUACUUUGCUAUCAAAGGUUGAGGGAGCAACUUCUGUGGUGUCUGAGCUUGCCAAACUCGCAACACAAGAACAAAUGUUGUUGGACCAAUCAAGGGAUCUCUUGUCCACGGUUGCAGCAAUACAUGUUAAGCGGUGUAGUUUGCAAGCUCAUAUGCUACAACGAAAGCAAAAGCAGAGCUCGACAUAGUUGUAGAUCAGUUUGCCUUGCCACGUUCGUGGUCACUAACAUCACACGGCCUAAUCUUUUCUCGCUGGAGACUGUGCUAAAGCCUAAAGGUAAUAAAAGCUGUAACCAUUUGUUGGGUGUGAAGUGUGUCCUAAUCUGCUUGAUCAUCUCACCGAGUGUAGCUGAUUCAUGUAAUUUUUUGAGUGCAUAUCACCAUAGAAGCGAUCCCUUUUACCUGCAGUCGUUGCAGUUGUUUGUAUACAGAAAUCCUAGCCUUGACCCAAAGAUAAGCUUCCUGUAGAUAUGAAAAAGCUUGUCGUUUGCGUGCGUAACUCUUCUGUGCGGAGUGCUGGUGAAUGUUUGUAUUGUGGAGUGGAGACGAUUGUUGGUUUGAUACAGGUGUUUUCAUGGCAAAAUUAACAAGGAAGUUCAUCCUGA